CAACCCUCACUCUGCUGCUGCUUCUCAGAGUGUGUGCUUGGUGUGUGUGAGAGCUAGAAAAUGGCGGAGGCGAUUUCUCAGGAGGAAGACUCUUUCACAUGUCCAGUGUGUCGGGAUCUGCUGAAGGAUCCAGUGACUAUUCACUGUGGACAUAAUUUCUGUAAGAGGUGCAUUAAGGGCUGCUGGGAUCAGGAGGAUCAGAAAGGAGUCUACAGCUGCCCCCUGUGCAAACACACCUUCACUCCCAGACCUGUCCUCUACAAAAACCCUCUGAUUGCUGAAAUGAUUGAAAAAUUUGGGAAGACCGGAAUCCAGGCUACUGUUCCUGCUCAAUGUUAUGCUGGACCUGGAGAUGUGGAGUGUGAUGUCUGCACUGGGAGAAAACUCAAAGCUGUGAAGUCCUGUCUGGAGUGUCUGGUGUCUUACUGUGAAGAUCACUUCAAAGAUCACAAUAGACUUAAUCGUGGAAGAAAACACUCAGUGAUUGCCACAGGGCAGUUACAGGAGAGGACCUGCUCCGAACAUAAGAAGGAGAUGGAAGUAUUUUGCCGUACCGAUCAGAAGUAUAUCUGCUAUAAGUGCAUGAUGAAGGAACAUAAAGACCAUGACACAGUCACAGUUGAAGAAGAAUGGAAAAACAAACAGAAGCAGUUAAAGAAGAAUCAGAGGAGAAUCCAGGAGAGAGAGAGGGAGCUGCAGGAGCAGCUGAAGGCUGUGAAGAUUAUCAAGAGCUCUGCACAGACAGCAGUGGAGGACAGUGAGAGGAUCUUUACUGAGAUGAUCUGCUCCAUUGUGAGAAGGUACACUGAGGUGAGUCGGGCUGAAGGACUCCUGAAGAAACUGGAGCAGGAGAUUGCUGAGCUGAAGAGGAGAGAAGCUGUGCUGGAGCAGCUUUCACACACAGAGGAUCACGUACAUUUCCUCAAGAUAAUCCCAUCCAUCAGAGAACUUCCUCACUCCAAAGACCUCAUCACUUUAAGCCAGAUUGUCUCUUCUGAGGCUGUGAAGGAAUCUGUCUCUGCAUUGAAGGUGCAGCUAGAAGAGAAAAUGGAUAGCACCUUCAAGCAGCAAAUUCUGAUCCUGAACUCCCAGUCAGAAGAACAAACAAGGCAUUGCCACCAUCCAACAGAGGAGAGUCUGCAAAGUCAAAGGUUCUGA